AUGUCGGGGGGCCACAGGGGUCCCCUCCGUGGGUUCCCUGCCGGCCGGCAUCGCCCACCCUCUGCUCCGACCUGCAGGCGGCUCUCGGGGAACCACCUCUCACACAUCCCGGGAGGAGCGUUCUCCGGCCUCCACAGCCUGAAAAUCCUGAUGCUGCAGAACAACCAGCUGGGAGGGAUCCCGGCCGAGGCGCUGAGGCAGCUGCCGAGCCUGCAGUCUCUGCGCCUCGAUGCCAACCUCAUCUCCCUGGUCCCCGAGAGGAGCUUCGAGGGGCUGUCCUGCCUCCGCCACCUGUGGCUGGAUGACAACGUGCUGGCCGAGGUCCCGGUCGGGGCCCUCAACAACCUCCCCGCCCUGCAGGCCAUGACCCUGGCCCUCAACCGCAUCCGCCACGUCCCCGACUUCGCCUUCCAGAACCUGAGCAGCCUGGUGGUGCUGCAUCUUCAUAACAACCGAAUCCAGCGCCUGGAGCCCCACAGCUUCGAGGGCCUGCACAGCCUGGAGACGCUGGACCUGAACCACAACGACCUGCGGGAGUUCCCGGUGGCCAUCCGGACCCUGGGCCGGCUGCAGGAGCUCGGUUUCCAUAACAACAACAUCAAGGCCAUCCCAGAGAAGGCCUUCAUGGGGAACCCCCUGCUGCAGACCAUACACUUUUACGACAACCCAAUCCAGUCCGUGGGGAGGUCCGCGUUCCAGGACCUGCCGAAGCUGCACACGCUGUCCCUGAAUGGAGCCACAGACAUUCAGGAGUUCCCAGACCUCAAAGGCACCACGAGCCUGGAGACCCUGACCCUGACCCGCGCAGGCAUCCGGCGGCUCCCGCCUGGGAUGUGCCAGCAGCUGCCCAGGCUCCGCGUCCUGGAACUGUCUCAUAACCGGAUUGAGGAGCUGCCCAGCCUGCACAGGUGUCAGAAGCUGGAGGAGAUAGGCCUCCAGCACAACCGCAUCUGGGAAGUCAGAGCCGACACCUUCAGCCAGCUGAGCUCCCUGCGGGCCCUGGACCUGAGCUGGAACGCCAUCCGGUCCAUCCACCCCGAGGCCUUCGCCACACUGCGCUCGCUGGUCAAGCUGGACCUGACGGACAACCAGCUGACCACGCUGCCCCUGGCCGGGCUCGGGGGCCUGAAGCAUCUCAAGCUCAAAGGGAACCCCGCUCUGUCACAGGCCUUCUCGAAGGACAGUUUCCCAAAGCUGAGGAUCCUGGAGGUGCCCUAUGCCUACCAGUGCUGUGCCUACGGCGUCUGUGCCGGCUUCUUCAAGGCCGCCGGGCAGUGGGGAGCGGACGUCCUUCACCUCGAGGAUGAGGAGACGCCCAAGGGGCCGCUGGGCCUUCUUGCCGGACAAGCCGAGAGCCACUAUGACCUGGACCUGGACGAGAUGGAGGACACGAAGCCACACCCCCGUGUGCAGUGCAGCCCAGUUCCAGGCCCGUUCAAGCCCUGCGAGCACCUCUUUGAGAGCUGGGGCGUCCGCCUGGCCGUGUGGGCCAUCGUCCUGCUGUCCCUGCUCUGCAACGGGCUGGUACUGCUCAGCGUCUGCGCGGGGGGGCCCGGCCCGCUGCCCCCGCUCAAGUUCGUGCACCUGGAGAAGAGCUCCUGCGACUCCACGCAGGCCCUCGUGGCCUUCUCCGACGUGGAUCUUGUUCUGGAAGCUUCCGAGGCUGGGCGGCCCCCAGGGCCAGAGACCUACGGCUUCCUCACGGGCACCCUCGUCUCCUGCCCACAGCCAGAGAGCCCCAGGCCGGAGGGCAGCCACUUGGUUGAGCCAGAGGGAACCCACUUUGGGAACCAGCUACCCCCCAUGGACAGAGAGCUGCUGCUGAAGGCAGAGGGGGCCGCCCCUGGUGGCGGGGGCGUGGCGGCGGGCAGGGGCAUCCAGCCCUCAGGCUCAGCCUUUGCCCCCCACGUAUAAAUGGCGCCCCAUCCUUGUCUCCGCCUCCUCCUUCCCUCCCCUCCGUGAACAAUGGCUGUUUAUAAAAUAAAUCCAGCCCGCACGCAGCCGCGUGGCCCGUGGGAGGUGGCCCCGGCCCUGGCUCGCUGGUCUCCUGUGGCCGUCACCAGCCUGUGCUGGUUUCCUUCGGGCCUCUUCCCGAUCACAUCGGAGGCUGUGGAGCGAGAUCGGGAAGUUGGGGUGCUGAGCAGGCCCCGGGUCUGGGCCCUGAUGGAGGAAGGAAGGUCUACGAGGGACCAGAGAGGCAGCUGGGCAUCUCCCCCGUGGCUCACGGCUCGGACCCAACCCGUGUCUGUGUCUCUCGAGCCUGGACGUGUGCCGUGAUGACGGGUGCGGGAAGACGUGACAUGCGGCGUCCCUCCUCGGAGGGUCACUGUGCGGGUCGGGCGGUGCCGGCUCUGCCGACGGCGUCUCCCUGGUUCCCACGCGGCUUGACCACGGGUUCCGUUUGCCUGGUUGGUUUUCGUGGGAUAGCUGACGGCAUCUCAGAGGAUUCACACCUGUGCCUCCCGGGGCCCCGUCUCCGCCCCGCCCGGGGGCCCCACAGGAUCGCGGCUCCACAGGACGCCCCCGUCCGUGAGGGCCCGGACCCAAGGCGCCUGAAUCUGGCGCUGAUUUGAAGACUGUGGCUGGACGGAGCCUGCAGCUCCUUGGCCUCCUUCCAGGAAGAACGAAAGGCCUACUGGGUGUACCGGUCAGUCAUGCGGAUACCGGUUAGUAAUGAGGAUUGGCCCUUUACCGGUCAGUCAUGCGGAUACCGGUCAGUCAUGCGGAUACCGGUUAGUCAUGAGGGUACCGGUUAGUAAUGCGGAUUGGCCCUUUACCGGUUAGUCAGGCGGAUACCGGUUAGUCAGGCGGGUACCAGUUAGUAAUGCGGAUACCGGUUAGUCAUGCGAAUUGGCCCUUUACCGGUUAGUCAUGCGGAUUGGCCCUUUACCGGUUAGUAAUGCGGAUUGGCCCUUUACCGGUUAGUCAUGCGGAUACCGGUUAGUAAUGCGGAUUUUGUCAUCAAAGAAAACAUAAUUUCAAGAGAAACAUCAAAAGUGCUUUGUUCAAAGUAACGUUCCUCGCCAGCUACACAUUUCCCCCGUCUUUCAGGUCAUUUGUGGAGACCGUCGCAAUAGAACUUUUCUUGUUUUGAGGCAGACCAUUCAGAGACCCAAUUUUCCACGUCUUCGUCCGUUUUGAAGGGCUGCUCAGAAAGUACGUGUGCCGUCGAUCGGAACGAGUGGUCAUCCGAGGGAGCAAUACAGCAAAACAGCACACACAUCACAUCGCAUACAUAUCCACAUGUAUGUGACCCCCUCUAUUGAGAAAAACUGCAUUAUUCACCGGUUCACUUAGCAAGGAUUGGAGGUGGGGCUGAGGAGCCUGAGUGACAGAUGCCCAGGGUCCCCCCAUCCCUCCUGGCUCACCUCUAACUACCUCUGCUCUGGGGCGGCCACGUCUCCCCCCAGCACUCCUGUCCCUCACUCCUGGGUCCAGCCCCACUCCCCAGCCGCGGUGUGAAGUGUGAGAAUGGCCACGAUGUAAAUAUUCGGGCUCUUCUGUACAAUAAAGCCCAUUGACGUGC